UUCGUGCGGUUGCUUGUGACCGGCGGCCUUCGGAGUUGCCGGAGCGACGCUCUUUCCCGGCGCUUCUAGCCUUCCACGCCUACAAGAGGAUUACAGUUUGAAAAUGGGGGGUCAGAAGAAUACUUCAAAAUCUAGUAAGAGUGCAGGUCAAAGUGUUUCUGCCGCAUCGAUGUUUGAUGGACUUGAGAAGCUAGGGAAUAGUGACAAUGAUGCCAUUGAUGAAGAAAUUGAACACCAUCCCAUUGCUAUCUUUACUGGAAAGAAAAAGAAAACAUCGAGACCGAGUAAUCCGUUCUAUUUGGACAACGAUGAGGAUCCCAGCUUUAAUAAUCUGGAUACCGGUUCAUUUGGUGAUGUUGCAUCCUUUUCUAAAGGCACUGAUUCAUUUGAAGAUGCCAGUGCUCAAGAAGAAGAUGGUACAUGUGUGAUUAUGUUUUCGGGUAAAAAGAAGUCAUCUAAAAAGAAGAAUGAUUCUGCAAUCAACACCCUCCAGGGAGAGUCCAUAGACAAGGCACCUCAUGCCAUUAGUUUUGGCAAACAGAGCUUAGCUGGAAGCCACAGAGAAAUAGAAGGAACAAAAAGCAAGCAGGUUCAAGGCAUUUCCAAGACCAAUUCUAAGAAGCAUAAGGGUGGAAAUACAGCUCAAGAAAAUGAUGAUGAAAUUGAAAGGAUUCUUGCUGAGCUCGGCGAAGGUUCACCUAUUCCUUCUCUUAGUCCUCUACCUCCUUCCAAAGAAAAGUUACCGAUACAACCUGAACCGAAAGGUAAAACUAAGAAAAAGAAGGGUGGGGAAAAGAAUGAAGAGGAGGAUGAAUACGACAGCAAUUUGGCCGAGCCGGUAGAGGCUAUUCAAACAUCAAAACUUGACCCUGCUCCUUCUCCACAAGAGGAAAAAGACAAGGAUCUUCUUGAAGCAGGAGAAGAUAUUUCUGAGAUGGAAACAGUGGAGAGGGUGGUUGAGUCUGUGGUUGCUAAGAAGAAGAAAAAGAAAAAAGAAAAAGAAAAGGAAAAAAAGGCGGCGGCAGCAGUGGCAGUUGCACCUGUGAUUGAGGAAAAGCAGGAAGCAAAAACCAAUGGCAAGGGUAAGGCCGAUAAAAAAAUCCCUAAACAUGUCAGAGAGAUGCAAGAGAGGCUUGCCAAACUCAAAGAAGCAGAAGAGAGGAAGAAAAGGGAAGAGGAGGAAAAGUUGAGGAAAGAAGAAGAAGAACGUCUACGGCUAGAGGAGUUAGAAAGACUUGCAGAGGAAAGGAAACGCUUAAAAAAGGAGAGGGAGAAGGAAAAAAUGUUAAAGAAGAGGCAAGAGGGGAAGUUGCUGACCGGAAAGCAGAAGGAAGAAGCUCGCAGACUAGAAAUGAUGAGAAAGCAAAUACUCACAAAUGCUUGGGGCUUACCACUCCCUGUUGGAGAGACUGGUGCAGACGGAACAAAACGGCCCAAGUACCAAACCAAGAAGGUGAAACAACAAUCCCAUGGAAAUGAUAAUUCUAUUGCUGCCACGGCUGAAAUAAGUGAUGUGAAGGAAGCCGAGCAGGAAUUUAUACCCAAGGUUCACCCUAUGGAAACAGACAAGGUUGAAGAAGUGGAUUCACUGAAGACAGAGGACAAACCAGAGAAUGCUGAUGACGAAGAAAAUAGAAUUGGUGAAGAUGGAGAUGACAACGAUUGGGAAGAAAAAAGCUGGGAUGAAGAUGAUCUCAAACUCCCCGGUAGAAGGGCAUUUUCUGAUGAGGAGGUAGAUGGUGAACCCAAAGCAUUAGCUAGAAGACAGACAAAGAUUGCACAGGUAGCCCUUUGUCAUUCCAUUGCUUCCAAACAAGCCCCUGUAACUGCAACUGUUGUAUCUAAAAAUGAGGUCACUAAUAGAAGGGAGUUUGAAAGCAUGGAGAAAAAUGGUCAAGAAAGAAAGGAAGAACAAAAACUUGUUGCAUUGCCAGACAUGAGAGAAAAGAGCCUCCGUUCUCCCAUUUGCUGUAUUAUGGGUCAUGUUGAUGCUGGGAAAACAAAACUCCUUGAUUGCAUACGAGGCACUAAUGUCCAAGAAGGUGAAGCAGGAGGGCAUGAGUCAUUUACUAAUCUCCGCUCUCGAGGGUCUAGUUUGUGCGAUAUUGCCAUUUUAGUUGUGGACAUUAUGCAUGGAUUAGAGAAGCAGACUAUCGAGUCACUCAAUCUUCUAAAGAUGAGGAAAAUAGAGUUCAUCAUUGCUUUAAACAAGGUUGACAGGCUCUAUGGAUGGAAAAUUUGCAGUAACACACCUAUUCAGAAGGCAAUGAAACAACAGAAUGCGGAUGUAGUGCGUGAAUUUAAUGAACGGGUCAUUCAGAUAGUGACACAGUUCAAAGAACAAGGUGUGAAUUCAGAAUUGUAUUAUAAAAACAAAGAUAUGGGUAAAGAUACAUUCAGCAUUGUUCCCACUAGUGCCGUGAGUGGUGAAGGUAUUCCUGACUUAAUGCUAUUACUUGUCCAUUGGGCUCAAAAGACGAUGGUUGAGAGACUUACAUUUAGCAAUGAAGUCCAGUGUACUGUCCUGGAGGUAAAGGUUAUUGAAGGCCAUGGGACUACAAUUGAUGUGGUACUAGUUAAUGGGGUGCUUCAUGAAGGAGACCAAAUAGUGAUUUGUGGCACCCAGGGUGAACCUAUCGUGACCACCAUCCGGGCAUUGCUGACUCCUCACCCAAUGAAAGAACUUCGAGUGAAGGGUACAUAUUUGCACCACAAAGAAAUCAAGGCUGCACAGGGCAUAAAGAUUACUGCACAGGGCCUUGAGCAUGCUAUUGCAGGCACUAGUUUGUAUGUUGUGGGACCAGAUGACGAUGUGGAUCGUAUAAAAGAAGCAGCUAUGGAAGACAUGAGGUCAGUGAUGAGCAGGAUUGCUAAGAGUGGGGAGGGUGUUUAUGUUCAGGCAUCUACGCUUGGAUCACUAGAAGCUUUGCUGGAGUUUCUUAAGAGUCCUGACGUUAGCAUACCAGUCUCUGGCAUUGGGAUAGGACCGGUACAUAAAAAGGAUGUCAUGAAAGCUAGUGCCAUGCUUGAGAAGAAGAAUGAAUAUGCAACAAUCCUUGCUUUCGAUGUUAAAGUCACUCAAGAGGCUCGUGAACUUGCAGAUGAAUAUGGUGUGAAGAUUUUCAUUGCUGAUAUUAUAUAUCAUUUGUUUGAUCAAUUCAAAGCCUACAUUGAUAAUCUCAAGGAGGAAAAGAAGAAGGAAGUUGCUGAGGAAGCAGUGUUUCCCUGUGUUCUUAAGAUUGCACCUCGCAGUAUUUUCAAUACGAAGAAUCCCAUCAUUCUGGGCAUUGAUGUUCUUAAAGGCAUAGCUCGGGUUGGGACUCCUAUUUGUAUUCCUUCAAAGGGCUUUGUUGAGAUUGGUCGAAUUGCUUCUAUCGAAAACAACCAUAAACCUGUCAGCUCUGCAAAGAAAGGAGAAAGAGUGUGCAUUAAGAUCGUUGGGUCAAAUUCUGAAGAGCAACAGAAGAUGUUUGGCAGACAUUUUGGCGAGAAAGAUGAACUCGUCAGCAAGAUUUCUAGGAGAUCAAUUGACAUAGUCAAGGAACAUUUCAGGAAAGAUCUUUCUGACGAAGAAAGGGAUCUGCUUAGGAAACUGAAGAGCAUCUUCAAGAUACAAUAAUGAGCUGUCAAUGCUAGUUGUUUCCCCGAAUUCUCAAGCAUUGAAGAGGCAACUGAUUCCAGUGAAAGCUCACUCACUAUUAGGAGUUAUGAAAGAUUAACCAUUUCGGUUCUUCCAGAUGCGCCUAUAUAUGGAUGUAUCUGGCUGAGAGCUCUCCGACGGCGUUCAAGUCGCCGGCGGUUAUUUUUUCCAUUAUUAUUAUUAUUCAUAUAUAACAUUUACUCUUAUGAUCAUUCUUGUAAUUAUUAGUUCAUUCAUUCAACUUAUAAUAUAAUAAUUCUUGUAAU